AUGUAGGUAUUGAGUUAAAAUGAGAGCGAUUUUGUUCUCUCAGGCUUGGAAAAUGAGAUUAGAUUAGAUGGAAGAAAGUUGAUGGAUAGCAGAAACAUUAAGGUUAUUUUUGGAAAUAACGUAGGAGAAAUAGAAGUUUUAAUUGGAGACACUCAUAUAAUUACAAAAACAACUGCUGAAAUCAUUUAGCCAAAAUAAGAAAAGCCUAAUGAAGGCUCUCUUAAAUUUAAUGUUGAUUUAUCAUCUAUGCAAGAUGAGCAACAACCAAACAAUGUUAACAUUAAAAAAUAUUCAAAUGAAAUCUAAAAAUUGUUAGAAAAAAUAAUCAAGGGAUCAAAAGCAAUCGAUAUGGAAAGCUUGUGUAUAGUAACAAAUAAGAGAGUAUGGUCAAUUAACGUAGAUAGUUCGGUAGUUUCAAACGGUGGUAACCUAAUUGAUGCUAUUUACUUAUCUGUAAUUAUUAGUUUACUGCAUUUCAGAAAGCCUUAUGUCUCUGUAGAAUAGCAAUCAAACAUUAAAAUUCACACUGAAAAAAAUCCUUAACCACUAUCUAUUCAUCAUAUUCCUAUUCCAUUUACAUUUGCUUUCUUCAAAAAGUCAACACUUUUAGUUUCUGAUCCACUAGUACUUGAAGAGCAAAUCAUGGAAGGAAGACUAACUAUUUCAGUUAAUAUUUAUAAUGAUGUGUGCAAUAUUCAUAAGCCUGGUGGUGCACCAAUCAAAUUAGAAUUAAUUAAUAAGCUUGUUGAAGUUUGCUUGAAUAAAAUAAAAUAAAUGACAGAUUUUGUGAGACAAAUACUGAAAGAGUGUAAUAAGCAUAGUAUUAACUAAAUAAAGGAAGAAAGCAAAAUCAUUACAUUAAACUUCCCCUAAAUAGUUAGUGCAUCUCAAACAUCUAAUUAAAUUCCAUCAAACAAAAUGGAGGAAGAGGAAGAGUAAUAUAAAGUUAGUAAAGAAGAAAUUAAAAACUUGUUGGAAAGUAGAAAUUGA